CUUUAAAGAUCUGAUAUCAAGAAUGCAAUUCAGACAAUGGAUGUGAGAGAUUCACUUUAUCUGGAUUACCCUUUUACUGCAACUGUGCUGGGGAGGUCUCCUUUCAGUACAUGGCCAGUGUUGAGUUGAACAAUUGGAACAAUCGAUGAGAGAAGGAGGCAAAUUGGAUUCCAUGUUGUGGUUUGGUUCUGCCUGUGAAAGCUUUACCUGUGGCUGAGUGUUGAACAUGGCUUCUGGAGGCGACAAUUUUCUUGAAUCUCUCUCGUCAUCUGUCCAGCGCAUGCAUCUGAUGCAGAUAGAUUCUGUGCAGCGUUGGAUGGAGGACUUGAGAUUGAUGGCAGAGUGUGAAUGCAUGUAUAUACUUCAAUCAAAACCCAUCAGUGUGGAUGGUGAUGGACUCAACGAGCUUGUCAUAACAUCUCAGCAAGACUUACCUGACAGCUUGCAGACACUGCUAAAAAGAGCAUGGACAAUCACCACGGAACUGUCCAAGAUUUUCUACAAGCUGGAAAUAAAUAGGUGGCAACACAUCCACAGUACUGCGGUGAGGAUGAACUGUCACAUCAGAUCGCUGAUAAAUGAAAGCAAUAGUUACGCUCACAAUGCUUCCGGAGAGAUACAACAGUUUGGGAAGAUUUUAAUAAAGAAAUGCACGGACCUGACCACGAUAACUGAGAGUUUUGCGUAUGAUGAAGAUGAAGCAACAUUAGCAUCUGUGAAAGCUGAGAUUGUUGAAACCCUGACAUCAUUUAGUCAGUCUUUCAGUCAGAUGGUGGAACUAGCUCUAACUCAUGAAAUAAAGAGCCUGGUGAGUCAGCUAGAUACAGCAACCGACCUAUACAACAUUGAAACAGCAAUCAGUAGCCUCAUUGGACUUACACAGGAAGGUGCGCACUUAUGCCAUAUCAUAGCCAAGGAAGGAGGAGUGACAGUACUCUUCAAACUAUGCAGACAAGAUGCUCCUUGUUAUUUGCAUGUUCUUGCUCUCAGAGCAUUGGCAUCAAUAUGUGUUGUGGAAGAAGGCAUCAAUGAACUGGAAAAGGUGGAUGGUGUGCUGUGCUUAGCUGACCUUUUGACUAAUCAAUCAAACCCUGAAGCCACACGUGCAGAAGCUGCAGCUGUGGUGUCACAGAUUACGUCUCCACAUCUCAACUUCACACAACAUCUCGGCAGCUUCUUGGAAAACAUGGAGGAUAUAGUGACAGCACUUAUCAAUUUAUGUAAAGAUGCCUCAUCAAGUGAAGUGUUCCUACUAGCAUCUGCUGCCCUUGCCAACAUCACAUUCUUUGAUUCAAUGGCCUGUGAGAUUUUGUUACAGUUGAAUGCAACAAAAAUUCUUAUACAAGCCUGUCGUGACCAUCGACGAGUUGACACUCCUUACUCCAAAGAUCAGGUGGUGACAAUACUGGCAAAUAUGGCUGUAUUAGACCAAUGCCCUUCGGAGAUGAUACUGGAAAAUGGUGUGGAGCUUUUGCUGGAAUUUCUCCAUGAACGUCCCCCACCUGGGAUUUCAACAGAGGGCGCUGCAUUGGAAAGAGUGUUACAAAAAUCUGCAGUUACACUAGCCCGCUUAAGCAGAGAGCCAAGCGUAACUGACGUUGCCACAAGUCUGAACUGUAUUCCCCGUCUGAUUGAGCUUUGCCGAUCCCCCUCUGAGAGGAAUAAUAGUGAUUCAGUAUUAGUGGCUUGCUUGGCUGCAUUACGAAAACUGGCAGCUUCAAGUCCUCAGUGCUUUGAGGACUCAGACUACCAGCAGUUAAUAAAACCAAGGCUUGUAGAUUCCUUCUUACUCUGCUCAAAUAUGGAAGAAAGUUUUGUCUGAAAAUGAUUUGGAAAAUUUCUGCGAACAUUUGACAUCCUGGGAUGAAUGAUGAAAGAACACACUGAGUUUUAGCAGCCUUAUUCAUAAACAAAUAAAGGAAAAAAAAAGACAAAGAAACAGAAAUUAUUGAUAUUGUAAUGUUUUAUAAUGUUGAAUAUCUUCAAAGAGGCAGUUUGCUGUGAAAUUUCAUCCAACAGC